GGCCUGGCGGCUGGAGGGACACGUGUGCCGGGAGGGAAGCAGGAAGUGACUUCGGGAGAGGAGCCGGCCGAGCCAGCGGCAGCGGGGCUGAUGGAAGUGGAGUGGGGGCUUGAGAGGGCACCGUACUGUAUCCAGCAUGCUCCAAGGCCACAACUCUGUGCUCCAGGCGUUGCUGGGGACCUUCUUCACCUGGGGGCUGACGGCAGCUGGGGCAGCUCUCGUGUUCAUAUUCUCUAGUGGACAGAGGCGGAUCUUGGAUGGAAGUCUUGGCUUUGCUGCAGGGGUCAUGUUAGCGGCUUCUUACUGGUCUCUCCUGGCCCCGGCAGUGGAGAUGGCCACGUCCUCUGGGGGUUUUGGUGCCUUUGCCUUCUUCCCUGUGGCCAUCGGCUUCACUCUCGGAGCUGCGUUUGUCUACUUGGCUGACCUCCUGAUGCCUCACCUGGGUGCCGCAGAAGACCCCCCAACGGCCCUGGCACUGAACUUCGCCCCUGCGUUGAUGAAGAAGUCUGACGCUGAGGGUCCCAGGCUGCUCUUCCCCGAGAGUGAACUUUCCAUCCGGAUAGGUAGAGCUGGGCUUCUUUCAGACAAGAGUGAGAACGGGGAGGCCUAUCAGCGGAAGAAGGCGGUGGCCGCGGGUCUUCCCGAGGGCCCUGCUGUCCCGCCGCCUCCUCGAGGGAACCUGGCGCAGCCCCUUGGUGGCAACUGGAGGAGGAUCGCGCUGCUCAUCUUGGCCAUCACCAUACACAACAUUCCAGAGGGUCUUGCUGUUGGCGUCGGAUUUGGGGCUGUGGAAAAGACGGCAUCCGCCACCUUUGAGAGUGCCAGGAAUUUAGCCAUUGGAAUCGGGAUCCAGAAUUUCCCGGAGGGCCUCGCUGUCAGCCUCCCCCUGCGAGGGGCUGGCUUCUCCCCCUGGAGAGCCUUCUGGUACGGGCAGCUAAGCGGCAUGGUGGAGCCCCUGGCAGGGGUCUUUGGUGCCUUUGCCGUGGUGCUGGCUGAGCCCCUCCUGCCCUACGCCCUGGCCUUUGCUGCUGGCGCCAUGGUCUAUGUGGUCAUGGACGACAUCAUCCCCGAGGCUCAGAUCAGUGGUAACGGGAAACUGGCAUCCUGGACCUCCAUCCUGGGAUUUGUGGUGAUGAUGUCACUCGAUGUCGGCCUGGGCUAGUGCUGAGAUGCCUCAGAGCCCAGGAAAAGCAGCACAAGGAAACUGCAGUGGCUGGCUUCUACGGGACCACACGCCUCUUCCUUUACAUGAAAACAUUUUUCCUUUCUCUCCUUUUCAUCUCAUUAUCCUGAUUGACUCUGAUCAUAACAUGACAAUUUUUACUUUUCUCUUGAGGGAGAUAAUAGUUUUAUUUAGAAUGUCAAGGUGUCACGGAACAACAGAUUUUUGUUUCUGGCCACUGAAUAGAAUCUUUCUUUGGCGGGAUUACCAAGGACACACAGAUCAGGGAAAUCUCUGCUUUCACACCCUCAGUCUCUCUCACUGGACUCUGUGGCAGCUUGUCAAGUUCACCUGGAGGAGCAAGCUGCUAAGAGAGAAGCUUCCAAGCAUUUUUUGCCUCGUGACUCAGAGCAGAAUGGUCAGGACCUCUCUCGUCCAUCCCUCCUGACCUCUCACCAUUGAUCAUCUACCCGUUAGACCAGAACUGGAACAUCAUGGACAGAGCAACCAACUUUCCAAGGUUCGGCCAGCCUAAGGAGGUACACGACUUCCUCCUGUGUCCCCCCCGAGGGACAUGCUGGAUGGGAAGGGACACAGACAAAGGGAAGAAAAUCAGUUUGUCUUUUUCUUUCUUUCUUUCUUUUCUCCUUUUUCAAGGCAAAGAUUGACACUAUUGAAGUUAAGGGAAUUAGGGAAUUCGGAGAGCCACGAACACAGUGAACCCUGUAAAGGCAGAGAGCAGCUUUGCUCAGAGACCUCUGCUUUCUAUGGAUUCCAAGAGCAAAGUGGUUUGUCAUGGUUUCCAGAUCCCCUAGACAUUUCUUUCAAUACGUUUAUAGCCUCCAGUUUUCUAAGAGCCUCGGGGACUCCAGCAGGUGGCUGGAGCCCAAACCCUCCUGGAGUUAUGGAGGGAGCCACUGAAGCUAACUUCAGUGAGAGAAAGACAUUUGGAAUCUGCAAUACACCCUUCCCCGUUGACCAUUCCGUAACUUGUAACCUGACCCAGGAGUCUUAAACUGCCGCAGGCUUUGCUGGAGUGUGGCCAGAGAGCGCAGGAUGGGAAAGGGAAGAAGGGGUGGGAAGAAAAAGAGAUUUUCAUGUCCCCCUUGUAAAGGAAAUCUGGCCAAGUCACCAUUCUGAAAUGACCCUAAAGAAUGACUUAAAGUAGACCAGAGGCCAGUCUGCCCCUUCCUGCCGAGAGCUUCUCCAACAGGGGCCACACACUGUCUGCUUCAAACAGAGCUAAAGUCUGCCGUCCUUGUUGGUCAAAGGAGCAUGUGCGACCUUAAAUGGGCUCUGCCAACGUGGCCGGCAGCUCGGGAACCAGGUAUUCGGGCACUGUGUUGUCAAUGCCUGCCCUCUGAGUUUACAUGUUGAAUUGCUUCCAAGGGUGAAGAGCCUGCUCUGUGAAUGCUCUGAGACCCCGAAGGCCAACCUCAUGCUGGGUCUAUGUAUGUUCUUCUGAAGCACUGAUGAUCAAAAUUGAAGACACAUUCAGAGGGUUUUGAUUGGUUGAAAUUAAUUGGUUUGGUGGUUGGUAUAUGUGUAUUUUUUGAUGUCUUUGUAUGUAGUUCUGCAUAACGCAAACUCUCUGAUGGACAAGACCUCAUAACUGUGAUUAAUAUCAAUAAAGGGGAUAUUGUUGUGGA